AAGGUAAAAGAUGACUCCCUUAGCUCAACUGUUGCUCUUUGCCCUGCAACUUUUAUCCCUGCUGGUACAUAAUGGACUCCCAGUUUCAGGGAGGAUAGAGAUAAGUGAAUCCCCCAUGUCACAAGUCGUUCCUCUUGGAAGCAUCGCUAACUUUUCCUGUGCUGCAUCAGGAGGCGGGUUCAAUUGUGAUAUCGCCCAUUCCAGCUACUCAGUUAAGUUCCCCAGACCUGGACAUUUCAAUAAGCCCAAAUAUGGAAUAACUGUAACAAUUGACAAAAAAGAAGAUGGCAACUUUAUGGCAAACAUCACAAUUGAGGGGAGACUAGAUAACAACAAUACCAAUGUAAGCUGCCUCGUGUGGAGCGAAGACAUAAGUUCCUUUCAAGCAUCAGAUAUUGCAACACUAACUGUAAUUGGUCCACCAAGUACCCCUGUAGCUGCUCUUUUAAAUAUUGAUAUGGAAGCAAAGUAUUUUUCUGCUGUUUGGGAUGUUCCAUUCUCCCACAAAAACUACCCAAUUUCCCAUUACAAUGUCACUGUCUGUAACAAGAACAAAACUGUUGGAUACGUGGAGUCAUUCCCAGUUAGUCCAGAGACUGGACCUCCUCUUCCCACAUCAGGACCAGUCACAGUGUCCCUCCCGUUCCCUCCUCGCACCACCUCCUGUGACAUCCUCAACAUCUCUGUCACUGCUGUCAAUGAUAUUGGUGCCAGCCGGGCAGAAUCUUUCAGAGUCCUUGUACCAAAAUUACCUGAUAGUGAUGUGAUUCUGACGACUAAGGUUCUGUUUCAGUCAGAUGGAAGUCCAGUGGUGACUGUGGAAAUGAAGUUCCCAGAGUUUUGUUGGUUUGAGAGAGUAAACUACUCACUGUUACUGGAGGAGUGUGGUGGGGAGGGUCGUCAGUUGGUGCUAAUGAAGGGGGCGGUUAAUAAUCCCCAGGAGCCAGUCGUGGAGACCAUCUCUGUUGAUUUGGUAUCCAAUGCCAACUACUCUGUUGUGGUGUCUGCACAAACUGACCUGUGGAACUCAUCAACAUCUCCACACACCUUCAGCACUCAUUUUACUCUAACAUCAUCUUCUGUGAACGUGUCCACCGUCAUUCCAGCGCACCUGUUAGCAGGAGUUGUGAGCGGAGUUACAGUCUUCAUCAUUUUCCUGGUGGUCACUGUCAUCUCUAUCAUACUUGUACUAAAGAGCCGAAAGAAAGGUGCCCAUAGCAAUGUUGAAGAUUUAAGAGUAAGCUCAGUAGCACACAACCUGACUCCCAACCCCAUCUACGAUGGCCCACUCUAUGAGACUAUCAGCGAUGCCGCAGCUCCCAGGUCUCCGGGACUAAAACCAAAACCUCUCACUCUCCCACCACCGCCCCUGCCACCGUCAUCAUCAUUAUCCUCGGCCAGGAAAGAGCCAAAGUACACCGAUAGUCCGACUGUCGAGAUACUUCGCCAGCCCGUCUCCCAAGUGGUCAAAAUGGGAGAUACUGCAACUUUCCACUGCUCUGCAAGUGCAGUUGGAGUCACAGGCUCCUUUGAUCUGGUCCUCACCACUUCAUUCCGAACCCCAGUUUACAUCAACAAUAACAUUCAGCUUGAGUGGAUAACUGCAACUAUAAAUUCUGAUUACAAUGAUCCAACAUUGACCUAUAUAGCCAGUGUGACUGUCAAUGGGAGCGAGAUGACCAACGGGACAUCGCUACGCUGCAGAAUGUUCUCAUUUGGGGAUAUGAAUGAUGCAUUAUUCAGCAAUGCUGCUGAGCUGACUGUCAUUGGGCCACCAGACACCCCCGCAGGUCUCUCCCUGCCGGAAGAUCACGUUAACAUGGAACUGGGCCAGUUUUCAGUUGAAUGGAAUGUUCCGUUCUCACACACCAACCAUUCCAUAUCGCACUACACUGUCACGGUCAACAGCCCCAAUGAGACAGUGGGAUACAUGGAGUCAUUCCGAGUUAGUUCAGAGACUGGACCUCCUAUUCCCACAUCAGGACCAGUCACAGUGUCCCUCUUGUUCCCUCCUCGCACCACCUCCUGUGACAUCCUCAACAUCUCUGUCACUGCUGUCAAUGAUAUUGGUGCCAGCCGGGCGGCAUCUGCAGUCAUAUUCAUACCAAAAGUGCCAGAUGUCGCUGUGACUGCCACGGUUACCACGCACUCCGGCCCUGGUAACAGAGCCAUCAUCUUGACAGAAAUCAAGUUCCCGAUAUUUUGUUGGUUUGAGAGAGUCAGCUACACCAUUUUUUUAUACGAGGAUCGUGGUGGUGAGGGUCACCAGUUGGUGCUAAUGAAGGGGGCGGUUAAUAAUCCCCAGGAGCCAGUCGUGGAGACCAUCUCUGUUGAUUUGGUAUCCAAUGCCAACUACUCUGUUGUGGUGUCGGCACAAACUGACCUGUGGAACUCAUCAACAUCCCCACACACCUUCACCAAAUCAGCAGACACCCCUUCAGUUGAAGGAAUAUCCAGUGACUCUGAGGAUGGCGAGGUCUCUUUUCUGGUGGUGGGAAUUGCAUCAGGGAGUGUUGUCUGUCUUCUGAUUCUUAUAGUUUCCACUCUCGCUGUCAUCUGUGCCCUACGCUCUCGAAACAAGAGACCAAAUCUUCCAAUAACACUUGAAGACAUGAAGCUCUCCCGUGCUCCGCUUGAGCUGACCCCCAACCCCAUCUAUGGAGGUCCACUCUAUGAGACAGUGGGAGACGCAGUCCCACAGUCUCAGGACAUCAAGCCGGAGCUAUACCCUCUCCCUCUCACCUCCACCAUUGCCCUCUCGGUGUACACUGAGAGCCCGAUGCUGAGCAAACACAGGCAGAUCAAUGGACACGAGGAGGAGACCUAUGUCCAGAUGGACUCCUGCAACAGGAAAUAGUGUGUUUUGUACUUCGUUUUUUUCCUCCCUUUUUGUGUGAAUAACAAAGUGUGUAAUUUGUUCUGUUGUGUGUGUGUGUGGAAUGUCAUGAUGUUUCCGUGCAG